AGAAUUACCAAGGAGGAAAUUUCUGUGAAAGAAACCGUCUCAAAAACUGUGGAAGAGGAGACGAAGCUCUCGGAGAAGGAAGUCGUCGAGGAAGAAAAGAUUUCAAAGGAAGAAAUAUCCAUAAAGGAAAUUGUUGAAAAGGAGAGUAUUUCAAAGGAGGUUACUGAGGAGGAAAAAAUCUCAAAGAUCGAAAUUACCGAAGAAAAAGCUACAACGGAAGACAUAUUAUGGGCGAAAGAAAAAAUAGAUUUUGCUAAAGAAAAGGCAAUAUCUGAUACGGAAAUUGUGGAAGACCUAACGAAAGAGGAAAUAGCCAAACAGGAAAUACUGAGGAAAGAAGAAAAGGAAAUUCAAGAGAUUGUGAAAGCAACAACCAUAAAGGAAGAAGUAUCAAAGACGGAGAGUAUAGAAGAAAUAGUUACCAAAGAAGAAGUGUCAAAAGCAAUAACCGUAACAGCUGAGAUGGUGGCAAAGGAGGGAAUUUCAAAGGAAAAAACAGAAGAAGAGAAGUUGAUAACGGAAGAAGUCACGAAAGAAAUUCUUAAGAAGGAUGGAAAGAUUGAGAAGGAAGACAUUGUAGAGGACAUUUCAGAGAAAAUGAUUAUGGAAGAAGAAAAAAUCAUGAAAGAAGAAAAGGGGAAACCAGUGAUUAAGGAAGAGAAGCCCUCAAAGGAAGACAUUCCUGCAUUAAAGGAAGCAACUGAAGAAAUGCCGAAAAAAGACACUGCUUUGGAUGAGAAAGUGUCAAAAGAUAUCCUGAAGAAAGAUACAGUAGUCGAAGAUAUUACAGAGCAAGUCUUAAAGAAGGAAGAAAUAUUUGAUGUCACAAAGGAAGUUAAGGUUGCUAAAGAGGAGGUAACAACUGAAACAGUUACUGAAGAUGUGAUUAUUGCUAAAGGGGAAAUUGCAAAGGCGACGGAGAAAACUAUAACUGAAUUCACCACAGUGGCAAGUGAAGAAGAGGAGAGAAUGCGAGGUGUGAAACGAGACCUCUCCCCAACAGAAAGUGUUGAGAGUAGCAUUAGCAGUGAUAUCAGUGGCAAGCCUCCCCCUAGUGAUGGUGUUUUACAAAUUGAAGAACAGAUUAUUAGCGACAAGGUUUCAAUAUCUUCAGUAAGUGAAGUCAGUGAGAAGGGCCUAAAGUCUGAACCAGAUACAACUGAAAAGUCAGAUAUUUUAGCGCCUACAUCUCCUACAAGUGAUGUAUCUGUUAGUGCCAAGAGCGAUAUUCUUUCUAAAGAUGUUUUAGGAAAAGACAUUCCAAAAGAUAUUUCAGAAGAGGAAAAAGCUCCUGUAUCUCCAACAAGUGACGUAUCGAUCAGCACAAAGAGUGACCCCUUCAAAGAAGAAUAUAUGGAAAGGGUAACAAAGAUAAGUGACACUUCAAGUGUAAAGAGUGACAUAAGUGACAAGGAAAUUACAGGUCUAAAACUUUCAAUUGAUGUCACCAAAAAGCCAACUGAUGAGUCCCUAGCGUCUCUGUCGCCAAAGAGCGACAUCUCAGUCAGUGCAAAGAGCGAUACUAGUGCUAAAGUUCCUGAAGAAUCAACCACCGCCGAAUUGGACGGCAAAGAUGAAGCCCCUGAAUCACCUAGGAGUGACAUUUCAGUUAGUGUCAAGGAUGAAAUAGCAAUGGAUAUUGAAAAAGUAAUUGAAAUGAGAAAAAGUAUUACAAAAGAUAUCCGAGCUACAGAAACAGCAACUGCGCCGGCAGAAAAAGCCACUGAAAAAGUUCCUAUUUCUCCUACAAGUGAUAUUUCAGUCAGUGCAGCUAGUGAUAUUAGUGCCAGAGAAGUUAAAAGUGACUUAACCUCUAAAAAAGAGGAUAUCCUGAAAAUAGAUGUGACGAGCAAACCUACUGUUCAACCUUCAAUUUCCCCUGUUAGUGCUAAAAGUGAUGUGAGUUCUAAGAAAGAAGACGUUUUAGAAAUUGAUGUAUCUAAAGAAGCAACCGAAGAAGCACCUAUUUCUCCUAAAAGUGAUAUCUCUGUUAGUGCUAAGAGUGAUGUUAGUUCUAAAAAGGAAGACAUAUUUGGCACCGAUGUGUCUAAGAAACCAAAAGAAGAAGCACCUCUUUCUCCCACGAGUGACAUCAGUGUUAGUGCUAAAAGUGAUGUUAGUUCUAAAAAAGAAGAUAUUUUAGAUAUUGACGUAUCAAAGAAACCAACAGAAGAAGCACCUAUUUCUCCCAAGAGUGACAUCUCUGUUAGUGCUAAGAGUGAUGUUAGUUCUAGAAAAGAAGACUUAUUUGGUAUUGAUGUAUCAAAGAAACCAACAGCCGUAUAUGGCAUCGACGUAUCAACGAAACCAACAGAAGAGGCACCUAUUUCUCCUAAGAGUGACAUCAGUGUUAGUGCAAAGAGUGAUGUUAGUUCUAAGAAGGAAGACAUAUUUGGUAUUGAUGUAUCAAAGAAACCAACAGAAGAAGCACCUAUUUCUCCUAAGAGUGACAUCUCUGUUAGUGCUAAGAGUGAUGUUAGUUCUAAGAAGGAAGACAUACUUGGUAUUGACGUAUCAAAGAAACCAACAGAAGAAGCACCUAUUUCUCCUAAGAGUGACAUCAGUGUUAGUGCUAAGAGUGAUGUUAGUUCUAAGAAGGAAGACAUAUUUGGUGUUGACGUAUCAAAGAAACCAACAGAUGAAGCUCCUAUUUCUCCUAAGAGUGACAUCAGUGUUAGUGCUAAGAGUGAUGUUAGUUCUAAGAAGGAAGACAUAUUUGAAGAAGCACCUAUUUCUCCUAAGAGUGACAUCUCUGUUAGUGAUAAGAGUGAUGUUAGUUCUAAGAAGGAAGACAUAUUUGGUAUUGACGUAUCAAAGAAACCAACAGAAGAAGCACCUAUUUCUCCUAAGAGUGACAUCUCUGUCAGUGCUAAGAGUGAUGUUAGUUCUAAAAAGGAAGACAUAUUUGGUAUUGACGUAUCAAAGAAACCAACAGAAGAAGCACCUAUUUCUCCCAAGAGUGACAUCUCUGUCAGUGCUAAGAGUGAUGUUAGUUCUAAAAAGGAAGACAUAUUUGGUAUUGACGUAUCAAAGAAACCAACAGAAGAAGCACCUAUUUCUCCCAAGAGUGACAUCUCUGUCAGUGCUAAGAGUGAUGUUAGUUCUAAAAAGGAAGACAUAUUUGGUAUUGACGUAUCAAAGAAACCAACAGAAGAAGCACCUAUUUCUCCCAAGAGUGACAUCUCUGUCAGUGCUAAGAGUGAUGUUAGUUCUAAAAAGGAAGACAUAUUUGGCAUCGACGUAUCAAAGAAACCAACAGAAGAAGCACCUAUUUCUCCUAAGAGUGACAUCAGUGUUAGUGCUAAGAGUGAUGUAAGUUCUAAAAAGGAAGACAUAUUUGGUAUUGACGUAUCAAAGAAACCAACAGAAGAGGCACCUAUAUCUCCCAAGAGUGACAUCUCUGUUAGUUCUAAGAAGGAAGACAUAUUUGGUAUUGACGUAUCAAAGAAACCAACAGAAGAAGCACUUAUUUCUCCCAAGAGUGACAUCUCUGUUAGUGCUAAGAGUGAUGUUAGUUCUAAGAAGGAAGACAUAUUUGGUACUGAUGUAUCAAAGAAACCAACAGAAGAAGCACCUAUUUCUCCCAAGAGUGACAUCAGUGUUAGUGCUAAGAGUGAUGUUAGUUCUAAAAAGGAAGAGAUAUUUGGUAUUGAUGUAUCAAAGAAGCCAACAGAAGAAGCGCCUAUUUCUCCUAAGAGUGACAUCUCUCUUAGUGCUAAGAGUGAUGUUAGUUCUAAAAAGGAAGACAUAUUUGGCAUUGACGUAUCAAAGAAACCAACAGAAGAAGCUCCUAUUUCUCCUAAGAGUGACAUCAGUGUUAGUUCUAAGAAGGGAGACAUAUUUGGUACUGACGUAUCAAAGAAACCAACAGAAGAAGCACCUAUUUCUCCCAAGAGUGACAUCAGUGUUAGUGCUAAGAGUGAUGUUAGUUCUAAAAAGGAAGACAUAUUUGAAGAAGCUCCUAUUUCUCCUAAGAGUGACAUCUCUAUUAGUGCUAAGAGUGAUGUUAGUUCUAAGAAGGAAGACAUAUUUGUGGCUAAGAGUGAUGUUAGUUCUAAGAAGGAAGACAUAUUUGGUAUUGACGUAUCAAAGAAACCAACAGAAGAAGCACCUAUUUCUCCUAAGAGUGACAUCUCUAUUAGUGCUAAGAGUGAUGUUAGUUCUAAGAAGGAAGACAUAUUUGGUAUUGACGUAUCAAAGAAACCAACAGAAGAAGCACCUACUUCUCCCAAGAGUGACAUCUCUGUCAGUGCUAAGAGUGAUGUAAGUUCUAAGAAGGAAGACAUAUUUGGUAUUGACGUAUCAAAGAAACCAACAGAAGAAGCACCAAUUUCUCCCAAGAGUGACAUCUCUGUUAGUGCUAAGAGUGAUGUUAGUUCUAAAAAGGAAGACAUAUUUGGUAUUGACGUAUCAAAGAAACCAACAGAAGAAGCACCAAUUUCUCCCAAGAGUGACAUCUCUGUUAGUGCUAAGAGUGAUGUUAGUUCUAAAAAGGAAGACAUAUUUGGUAUUGACGUAUCAAAGAAACCAACAGAAGAAGCACCUAUUUCUCCUAAGAGUGAUGUUAGUUCUAAAAAGGAAGACAUAUUUGGUAUUGACGUAUCAAAGAAACCAUCAGAAGAAGCACCUAUUUCUCCUAAGAGUGACAUCAGUGUCAGUGCUAAGAGUGAUGUUAGUUCUAAGAAGGAAGACAUAUUUAAAGAAGCACCUAUUUCUCCUAAGAGUGACAUCAGUGUCAGUGCUAAGAGUGAUGUUAGUUCUAAGAAGGAAGACAUAUUUGGUAUUGACGUAUCAAAGAAACCAACAGAAGAAGCACCAAUUUCUCCCAAGAGUGACAUCUCUGUUAGUGCUAAGAGUGAUGUUAGUUCUAAAAAGGAAGACAUAUUUGAAGAGGCACCUAUAUCUCCCAAGAGUGACAUCAGUGUUAGUUCUAAGAAGGAAGACAUAUUUGGUAUUGACGUAUCAAAGAAACCUACAGAAGAAGCACCUAUUUCUCCCAAGAGUGACAUCUCUGUUAGUGCUAAGAGUGAUGUUAGUUCUAAGAAGGAAGAUAUAUUUGAUGAAGCACCUAUUUCUCCUAAGAGUGACAUCAGUGUUAGUGCCAAGAGUGAUGUAAGUUCUAAGAAGGAAGACAUAUUUGAAGAAGCACCUAUUUCUCCUAAGAGUGACAUCUCUGUUAGUGGUAAGAGUGAUGUUAGUUCUAAGAAGGAAGACAUAUUUGGUAUUGACGUAUCAAAGAAACCAACAGAAGAAGCACCUAUUUCUCCUAAGAGUGACAUCUCUGUUAGUGGUAAGAGUGAUGUUAGUUCUAAGAAGGAAGACAUAUUUGGUAUUGACGUAUCAAAGAAACCAACAGAAGAAGCACCUAUUUCUCCCAAGAGUGACGUCUCUGUUAGUGCUAAGAGUGAUGUUAGUUCUAAAAAGGAAGACAUAUUUGAAGAAGCACCUAUUUCUCCUAAGAGUGACAUCUCUGUUAGUGCUAAGAGUGAUGUUAGUUCUAAGAAGGAAGACAUAUUUAGUAUUGAUGUAUCAAAGAAACCAACAGAAGAGGCACCUAUUUCUCCUAAGAGUGACAUCAGUGUUAGUGCCAAGAGUGAUGUUAGUUCUAAAAAGGAAGACAUAUUUGAAGAAGCACCUAUUUCUCCUAAGAGUGACAUCAGUGUCAGUGCUAAGAGUGAUGUUAGUUCUAAGAAGGAAGACAUAUUUGAAGAAGCACCUAUUUCUCCCAAGAGUGACAUCAGUGUUAGUGCUAAGAGUGAUGUAAGUUCUAAGAAGGAAGAUAUAUUUGUAUCAAAGAAACCAACAGAAGAGGCACCUAUUUCUCCCAAGAGUGACAUCAGUGUUAGUUCAAAGAAGGAAGACAUAUUUGAAGAAGCACCUAUUUCUCCUAAGAGUGACAUCUCUGUUAGUGCUAAGAGUGAUGUUAGUUCUAAAAAGGAAGACAUAUUUGGUAUUGACGUAUCAAAGAAACCUACAGAAGAAGCACCUAUUUCUCCCAAGAGUGACAUCAGUGUUAGUGCUAAGAGUGAUGUUAGUUCUAAGAAGGAAGACAUAUUUGGUACUGACGUAUCAAAGAAACCAACAGAAGAAGCACCUAUUUCUCCUAAAAGUGACAUCUCUGUUAGUGCUAAGAGUGAUGUUAGUUCUAAGAAGGAAGAGAUAUUUGGUAUUGAUGUAUCAAAGAAGCCAACAGAAGAAGCGCCUAUUUCUCCUAAAAGUGACAUCUCUGUUAGUGCUAAGAGUGAUGUUAGUUCUAAGAAGGAAGACACUGUAUGUACUGAUUUUAGUUCCAAGAAAGAAGCUUUAGAUAUUGAUGUAUCUAAGAAAACAGCUGAGGAAGCCUUACAUUCUCCAAAAAGUGACAUCUCUGUUAGCACAAAGAGUGAUGUAUCUAGAAAGGAAGAUGCACUGGAUAUUGAUGUCAUGAAGAAAUCAUUUGAUGAAACUGCAAGUGUUAAGAGUGACAUAAGCUCUAAGAAAGAAGACAUAAUCAAGUCAAAGGAUGAAGCUCCAGUGUCACCAAAGAGCGAUGUUUCCAUCAGUGCUAAGAGUGAUUUCAGCUCUUCAAGUGCAAAGGAGGAAGUGGGUCUUUUGAUGAUUGAUACUACUAAAAAGCCUCUUGAUGCUGCACCAGAAUCUCCAAAGAGUGACAUAUCUGUGAGUGAGAAGAGUGACACUAGUUCUAAAGCUGGUAAAGAGAGCAUUACAAAGAGUAUCACAGAAGAUAUGCCACUUUCAUCAAAGAGUGAUAUUUCUGUCAGUGCAAAAAGUGAUACAAGUUCAAUGGCUGGGAAAUUAGAACCAUUGACCGUUGAAGUUUCAAAGGUAUCUACUGAACAGAAAUUACUCUCUAGUGAUAAAUCAGAAAGUCUUAAGAGCGAUAGGAGCUUUAAGGACGAGCCAAAGAAAGGUGAAAUUCCAGUUUCUCCAAAAAGUGACAUCUCACUAAGCCUAAAAAGUGAUGUAAUUCCCGAAGAUGCAUUACAUAAACCCAUGGAUGGAGCACCUAUAUCCCCUAAGAGUGACACUUCACUUAGUGCAAAGAGUGAUGUUAGCUCUAAGGAUGUUUCCAAGAAGUCAACUGACAAAGUGCCACUUGCUCCUAAGAGCGAUGGCAGUCUUAAGAGUGACAUUGAUAAAUCUGGCAUGCUCACUAUAAAAGAAAAAGUUCAAUCAGCAGAAAUGCCUUCAGAAAGUGUCAAAGUGACACAGCCUUAUUUAGAUUCAGGUGUAAGUGAAGAGCCAGUAUAUGCUAUGCUGAAAGCAGAACGUGCAGAAAUUGUAACUGUUUCUCCAGACACCACUCCAGGAUCGACACCACUGUCACCAACCUCACGUGAGGUCGGUGCACCUUUCCCUGUUACAUCCAGCUUUACUACAACUGCAGUUCAAAGAGAAAAGUCGGAUGUUAUGACUUCCUCAAUUUAUGAAGAAACAACUGCUACAUUUACAGAGGAUAUUUCUGAUGCAAUGGCUACAUCUAUGCAUGGAGGUUUUGACAUUAUGACUUCCUCUAUGUAUGAGCCCAGUGAAGAUCUCAUGUCUUCAUCCAUGUAUGGAGAAGACUUUAUUACACAUGGUGUGCUUGAUGAGGACACUAAAUAUACAUUACAAGAAUCUACUGUGGCCUUAACCAAAACUGACAAGCCUGGAGACAUGAUGUCAGCUUCAAUGUAUGGCACCCUUGCGGGAGAUGACCUUCAGAAGUCCACAGAUGAAACUCUUCCAAGUGUCUCACGCAGUAAGACACAGCUGGAUGAUCAAAAGUCUACACCUUACACUGAGUCUCCUCGUAGUGAUCUUCCGUCAAUGUCACCACGCAGUGAUGGGUAUGAAGCUGAAUUAAGUGGUCAGUUUGAGAGUCGUGAUGAAGAUCAGCCUCCUGCUUCUCCACGUUCAGAUAUCUCAUCCAUAUCAGACAUUGUGCGACGAGAACAAAAACAUCCUGUGACUGAAAAGUCAAUGAUGGAGACCAGCAUGGUUGUGAUGGAUAGUGGUCGGUCUAUGUCUCCAAAGAGUGACACCACCGUAAGUGAUAUCGCAGCAAAGGAUGGUUUAGACUCAUUAGAUUCCUUUAGACUACAACCUGUCCUUGACACAGAUAGAGACGCAGAUGAAGGAAAGCCCCUUUCUCCUCGCAGUGAUACUUCCGGCAAGAGUGAAGCUUCUGGAAAGGAUUCUGCUUAUGAUGACAGGGACAAAUUAUCUAGUCUGGAAAACAUUGUGCGACGAGAACAAAAACAUCCUGUGACUGAAAAGUCAAUGAUGGAGACCAGCAUGGUUGUGAUGGAUAGUGGUCGGUCUAUGUCUCCAAAGAGUGACACCACCGUAAGUGAUAUCGCAGCAAAGGAUGGUUUAGACUCAUUAGAUUCCUUUAGACUACAACCUGUCCUUGACACAGAUAGAGACGCAGAUGAAGGAAAGCCCCUUUCUCCUCGCAGUGAUACUUCCGGCAAGAGUGAAGCUUCUGGAAAGGAUUCUGCUUAUGAUGACAGGGACAAAUUAUCUAGUCUGGAAAGCCAGACCUUGCCAUCUAUUACAAGUGAUGUAAAAAUUGAACAGACAUCUGUUGUAGAGAAGCAUGUAGGUCUACAAGAAACUCAAGCUUCAGCAAAAACAAUGCUCAUAAGUGAAGUUUCAACUACAGAUAAACUCCAAAAGGUUUCUGAAUCUGUUUCUGAAAGCACAAAGAGUGAUAGCACUACAGUAUUUUCGACUAUCCAUAGGUCGACUACCGAGGUCAGUAGCAAAGAUAGCACAAAGGUUAUGGUAGACAAAUCAGAUGUGUCCAAAAGCACAAAGUCAGAAACAUUAACAGAUGUUGCAUCUCUGAAGACUAAAACAGGCAUGGAAGAUGAAACAUCUGUUAGUUUUAAGGGAGAAGCAACAUACUCAGAAACUCAAGAAGCCAUAAUGGUAUCUCCAAAGAGUGAUGCUUCUGCAAGCUCAAAGAGUGAUGUAACAUCUGUAGAUGCAAAGGACCUGCCAAAGGAUCCAUCAUAUCUUGGGGAACAACCUAAAGUAACAACAGGAUCAUCUGAAAGUGACAUAUCUGAAGGCAUAUUUAAAGAAGAAAUCAGUGAGACUGUGAAAUCAUUUACAGAGGCGUUUGGAGUCAGUGAAGUGGUUCAGGGAAUCAAAACAGCUGUGACCACAAGUAAGACUUCCUUCCAAGAUUUCAAGGAACCUGCUUCUCCACCUCCUUCACCAGUAAAAUCCAUAGGUAAACCUGAUUUCCCUGUUUCGUCAAGCACAUCUUCCCUCCAAGAAAGUGAAUCUUCAGUCUUUGGGAAAGCUGAAUCAGUUACCAAAGAUGAAAUCAAGAGUAGAGAUACAACCUUUACUUCAGCUGUAACAGCAGAAGAAUCUUCUACAACCAGUUCUCUCACACGAACAUUCAUAUCAUCAGUACAUGACUCAUCUAUAUCAACCUCUACCACUACAACGUCAGCAUCUAAACUUGCAUUUACUGUUGCUGAUGACAAAAAACUAUCUGAUCUUCCUGUAUCUAAGCCAGUCAAAGGAGAUGACAGAAGACCAUCAUCUGAUAAGUCUUCGCCACCUCCUCCGCCCUCCUCUUCCUUCUCCUCCUCCAGUGGUGUUGAGGGUAUUGUGAAAGAGGUUAAAGAAAGUAAAGACCAUAUCGAAACAACUUCAGCUAUUAUUGCAGAAAAGCUCAUGGCUGAAGUUGAAGAGAUCACUUCAAGCAAGACACAAACUUCAACCUCCGAGCAAGUGUCAACCGAAGAGUACAAGUCUGUCACUGCCAUUACUGAUAAGUCUAGUUCUGUUAAGGAAACAUUAUCCUCUGUAGUAUCUUCACAGGCGACUCAUAUUAAGGAUAGUCAGGAAUUUAGUAGCACCAGUCACUUUAUGAAGGAACACACUGAAGAGACUACAGACCAAAAGGAAAUAUCACAAAAGUACUUCACAACUGAAAAGCCUAAAACUGAAGCAAUUAUUAUGCAACGCAUAGUUAGUGAUGAACCUGUAAAAACGGUGAGAACUUCUGAUCAGCCAUCAGUUUCUGAAACCGUUUCCACAAAGACGAUAAUAGGGCAAACGAUUGUCAGUGGUGAACCUACAGAAACAGUAGAAACUAUUGAUGAGGCUUCAGAUUCCAUGACAAAAACAACUGUUAGAACUGUUGUUCCAGAAGGUGAGCCCACUGAAUAUGAGACUUACGAAGAGCCUACUGAUUCUGAAACAAUAACAAGGAGAAUUGUAAGGCGAGUAAUUGUCCAUGAAGGGGAGCCAGUAGAGACAGUGGAGUCAUUUGAAGAACCAGAUUCUGACACAGUAGCUACAAAGAAAAUCAUAAAAACUAUUGUUGGUAAAGAUGAACCAAGUGAAACAGAAGAGAUAUUUGAUGAACCAACUGAUUCCAAGACUGUAACAAGGAGAAUUGUAAAACGAACUAUCAUUAGUGCAGGUGAACCCACAGAAUCAGUAGAAACUGUAGAAGAGCCAUCUGAGACCACUACAAAAAGGACAGUUAUUAGAAGAACCAUUGUCAGUGGUGGUGAACCAGUCGAAACUAUAGAGACUGUAGAACCCUCAGAAUCUGAGUCUGUUACUAGAACCACUGUAAAGCGAACCAUCAUUAGUGGAAGUGAACCUUCCGAAACAGUGGAGACUUUUGAAGAACCAUCAGAAUCAGGUACUGUUACUAAGAGAACAGUCAUAAGGAGAACCAUUGUCAGCGGUGGCGAACCAGUUGAAACUGUAGAGACUGUAGAAGAACCUUCAGAAUCUGAAUCUGUCACUAGAACCACUGUAAAGCGAACCAUCAUCAGUGGAAGUGAACCCUCUGAGACAGUUGAGACUGUGGAAGAACCGUCAGAAUCAGGUACUAUUACUAAGAGAACUAUUAUCAGGAGAACCAUCGUCAGCGGUGGGGAACCAGGUGAAACUGUAGAGACUGUAGAAGAACCUUCAGAAUCUGAAUCUGUCACUAGAACCACUGUAAAGCGAACCAUCAUCAGUGGAAGUGAACCCUCUGAGACAGUUGAGACUGUGGAAGAACCGUCAGAAUCAGGUACUAUUACUAAGAGAACUAUUAUCAGGAGAACCAUCGUCAGCGGUGGGGAACCAGGUGAAACUGUAGAGACUGUAGAAGAACCUUCAGAAUCUGAAUCUGUCACUAGAACCACUGUAAAGCGAACCAUCAUCAGUGGAAGUGAACCCUCUGAGACAGUUGAGACUGUGGAAGAACCGUCAGAAUCAGGUACUAUUACUAAGAGAACUAUUAUCAGGAGAACCAUCGUCAGCGGUGGGGAACCAGGUGAAACUGUAGAGACUGUAGAAGAACCUUCAGAAUCUGAAUCUGUCACUAGAACCACUGUAAAGCGAACCAUCAUUAGUGGAAGUGAACCUUCCGAAACAGUGGAGACUUUUGAAGAACCAUCAGAAUCAGGUACUGUUACUAAGAGAACUAUUAUCAGGAGAACCAUCGUCAGCGGUGGGGAACCAGGUGAAACUGUAGAGACUGUAGAAGAACCUUCAGAAUCUGAAUCUGUCACUAGAACCACUGUAAAGCGAACCAUCAUCAGUGGAAGUGAACCCUCUGAGACAGUUGAGACUGUGGAAGAACCGUCAGAAUCAGGUACUAUUACUAAGAGAACUAUUAUCAGGAGAACCAUCGUCAGCGGUGGGGAACCAGGUGAAACUGUAGAGACUGUAGAAGAACCUUCAGAAUCUGAAUCUGUCACUAGAACCACUGUAAAGCGAACCAUCAUCAGUGGAAGUGAACCCUCUGAGACAGUUGAGACUGUGGAAGAACCGUCAGAAUCAGGUACUAUUACUAAGAGAACUAUUAUCAGGAGAACCAUCGUCAGCGGUGGGGAACCAGGUGAAACUGUAGAGACUGUAGAAGAACCUUCAGAAUCUGAAUCUGUCACUAGAACCACUGUAAAGCGAACCAUCAUCAGUGGAAGUGAACCCUCUGAGACAGUUGAGACUGUGGAAGAACCGUCAGAAUCAGGUACUAUUACUAAGAGAACUAUUAUCAGGAGAACCAUCGUCAGCGGUGGGGAACCAGGUGAAACUGUAGAGACUGUAGAAGAACCUUCAGAAUCUGAAUCUGUUACCAGAACCACUGUAAAGCGAACCAUCAUCAGUGGAAGUGAACCCUCUGAGACAGUUGAGACUGUGGAAGAACCGUCAGAAUCAGGCACUGUUACCAAGAGAACAGUCAUAAGGAGAACAAUUGUUGGCAGUGGUGAACCGACGGAAACUGUUGAAGAAUCACCACAGUAUGAUACAGUAUCAACACGAAAAAUAAUAAAACGAACAAUUAUCAGUGGAGGGGAACCAACAGAAACUGUAGAGACUGUAGAAGAACCUUUGGAAUCUGAUGCUGUAACACGAACAACCAUUAGGCGAACUAUUAUAGGUGGAGAUGAACCCACUGAAACUGAUGAAACAGUAGGAGCAGAUUCUGGGACUGUAACAAAGACAUUUAUUAAACGAACCAUUGUCACUGGAAGUGAACCUACAGAGACAGUAGAAACUAUUCAGGAAACUUCAGAUUCUGCACCUGCAUCACAUACAGUUGUGAGAAAAACAACUAUUACAAGUGGUGAUGAAAAGACGGAGACAACAGAAACAGUUCAGAGACCCACUGGCGAUAAGUCUGGAUCAUCUGUAUUAAGAACCACUGAAGGAAAGGAACCAUCAGGUCUGGGAAUGGGUGAAUUACCUUCAGAGAGCAGAAUCAUCAGUACACUAAAGGAGUCGUCAAUCAGUUCUCUGGAGUCUUCAGAUAGUUUUGAAAUGAAAUCUGAAUCAACAAAAUCUACAUCAGAAACGAGUGAAAGUAAGAAGACAUUCAGUUCAGAAGAAUCUGUGAAAACAACUUCAUCUAGUAGUAAAUUCAGUUCUGACAUUUCAAAAUCCAGCUCUGAGACUACCCAUGAGGAUAUUAGAAGUUCAAGAGAAUCUGUCUCAACAAGUGAAGAGAGCACAAUGCAUGAAGGACAGAGAAUUAGUUCCAUCAGAAAGUCUUCAACAAGCAGCACAGAGGGUGCUCCAGGUAGCCCAAGGACUGGACGUGUAGUAGUAAGGAAAGUCACAACAGUGAUCACAAAAUACUAUGAAGAUGGGGAAGAAGUUCAGACAGAGGAAAUGCCUGGUGGAGAAGUUGUUGAAGUUCUUGGUGAUCAGCAAAUUUCAGAAGACAUUAUGCGUAAAAUCUCAGGUUCCUCAUCACCAUCUCCAAUUACCCGCAGGAAACAUUCCAGUGGAGUACCUGGGUCAUCAAUGACCUACACCACUUCACACUCACUCUCUGGUCCUUGGACAAGUGACGAAUCUCUCAGUGGUGAGCCAACUGUUAUUACACGUACUACUCGUACUGUAACAACUGACAGUGAUACUGAUGCCUCUGAGGGUGUGAUGGCUAGCACUGUCACCACAGUCACUCGACGAAUGAUGGGUGAUGAUGUAUCUGACAAAGAAGAACGACCUCUAUCUGCUAGCAGUGAUGCAAGUAGUAGGGAAGCUUUUAUGUCAUCACUCAAAGAAACACGGUCUGAGGCAAGAGAUGCAGUUAGUAAAGUUUCUACUAGUCAGCACCCAUCUGCAGCAUAUACAACACAUUACGGUGCUACAGGUCUGCAGUACCAAGAAGAAUAUGAUGAUGAGCCUGUGUAUGAGUACCAUCCUCCUUCUGGAGCCCACAUGGAUCAGUUCAUGUAUGGUGAGCAAGCUGGAGACUAUGAUAAUGGAAAUCUACCAUCUCGAGCUAUGGAGCCAUCUAUGACCGAGAGUGAGGAUAAACUUAACAGAAACCAGGCAUGGAAAACUUCCAAGAUAAGCAAAGAAGAGGGAUCAACCACUUCUACAACUGUAACUACCACAUCAUCUGCAUCAAAAGAAAGUGAUGUAGCACGAGAUGCUAAAGAUACCUUGCAGAAGUGGGGUAAGCCUCUGGGCCUGCCAUCACCAGUGCCUGCACCAGCACCACUUCAGCCCUCAGAUAACCCAAGUACACACACCCCACGCAGAGAGCGCAAAACAAGCAGGAAGUCGAAGAGAACAGUUGCACCAGUUUAUCUGGACUUGGCGUAUGUGCCUCAUGCUGCUAACCCCAAUUACUCCAAUGUUGAUUUCUUCAGGAGAGUGAGAGCGCGAUACUACGUCUUCUCAGGCAUCGACCCUGGCAGGGAGGUGCUUGAUGCCCUCCUCCAGGCCAAGAUGGAAUGGGAAGAUAAAGAAUUGGAGGUAACGAUCAUUCCCACCUAUGACACUGACGCUCUGGGCUACUGGGUGGCUGCCAAUGAAGACGCACUCAUCGCCAACAAAAUUGACCUCGCCCCAUCAGCUUCACGUUGUACUAUCAACUUGCAAGAUCAUGAGACGAGCUGCAACGCCUAUCGUCUUGAGUUCUGAGCAACUUGAGACUACCCCUCUUCGCCUGUGUUCGACCACCGUAUACAUCCAUGCCCGACUUGUGCUUUGGGGUGUUGUGCUCUGGGCACUCGACAACCCCUUCCCCGCUGCCUUCCACAAGAAUUUGAGCUCUUACUAAGCCGUCUGUGUCCUCAAAUCCUAGUGAUUAGUGCUGACUAGGCCAUCCACAGUAUUUUCGUUGAAUGACCAUUUCACACAAGCGUGAAAUCAAGUUUUUUGUUCUACAAAUUGUAGUACCUUUGUCUUUCGAGACGGGUGUCAUAACAAGGUUCGUGAUAAUGAAUUUUGAUUUAUUGGAAAAAAGGCCGGUAUUUCACUGGAUUUAACAAAAAAGUGAAUGUUCUGCUAUUAGUAGUAGCAUAAUCAGUCACUCACCAUAGAUGGUUCCAUGUCUCCACUGUGUAUAAACAGAUUAAAUAUAUAUUCAAUAUAAUGACGAAACGGAUAAUGACCUCUUAUGAACCCGAAUUCUACAUUUAUCAAAAGGCACAUAGAAACUGUGCCGAGAAUUACACCAAUUGUGAAUUGUUCUGUUAAGUGACACCAAGAAUGAACACUCCUGUGACCGAAUAGGGCUAAGCAAUAUGCAUUUUACUGUAAAUCGAUAAAUAGGAUUAUACACUUAUUCAGCGUGAUAUCUACUGCAGUCUCUAGGUAGGCCAUGAUGCAGACAUGGCUAAGAAACAGAUUGCUCAUUUUGUAAAAUAAAGCGUUAUGAAACUGUUCUUGACAGUGAUAAGCUAUAUAGAGUUUAAGGCAUAUAUUAAAAAAAAAAGAGUUAAAAAUGUCUUUGUUAUGAUAUGAUAAGAUGUAUACUAGUAGUUUAUAAUCAGCCGGUUGAUGAGAGCUAGGCCUAUUUUUCUUGAGCGGGGCUGAGAAGUUACAAUAUUCUUUAUCUUCCAGAAGGUGAAUGUUUGGGAAUACAGGGAGAAUGAGUGAGAAAUUAUGACUUUUAUCUCUGGAACAACAGUCUCUAACGUCCACAGAAGCAGCUUAGUACAUACUAAUUAUGACACAUAAUUAUGAUUAUUUUCGAUAAUAUGGUACUCAUGUUUUGAUGAUAUGCUGGAGUCCAUGUUAUGAGUCGCUGAGAAAGAGUCUUGACUUGACUGUGUUAGCCACGAAUAUACUCCUAUACAGACUAUGUACUCAUUGCUUUUUCCGUAUGUGCUAAAUAGUAUACGUGUUACUGGAGUGGUAUGAAUGUCUUUUUGUGAUUUCCAGUGUAUUGCUUAAUAUGCCUUGCUAUUAGUAACUUUUCAACUUAUUUUUACUUUUGAGCAAGUCGUUUCUUUUUAAAAGAUUUAUGAGCAUUCCAUAAUCAGUCCAAAACAAGAAAUAAAACAGGAAUGAUAUAAGAAAAGUGUGAAGUGAUGCACCUUCAAGGACAGAUUAAGCUGAUGGACCUUUAUUAUAUUGGUGCUACAACAGACGGACUUGCAAGUCACAAGUUUCAUGCACGAGCCGUUAUGAGGUGCUGGAAGCCAUGGGGGUGGCUCCACUGCCCAGGAUUACGUGCAUGUGGCGGACGAGCAAUUUGGUAUGAAAAUGGAGAGGAAACAGUGUAGAAAAUGUUGAAAAAGGUAAUAUGCCUUUCAAAGUGCCGCAGCUUCUGUAGGUCAAAUUGGUCACUGACACUAGUUUCCGAAGACAUUACCAAGGGCUUGGAUACUGCUUUCCUGCGUGGAAGCUCCUUCUAAUGACCAAAUAGUCAUGGUCAACUGCCAGUAAUGCCUAUUCGUGAGGAGUGAUAUCUAUUUAAGACAGAUUUCUAAGAUAAACGACAACGUUCCGUGGUGGUGUCUUCAGAGACAUAGUACACGCCUAUCACGUCCUCUUCACCAGGGUAUGAAGAGGCCUACAUCCAUGCACCACAGGCCAAGUUAGAUUACUGUGAUUAAAAAUCUCACCGAAGUCUUGCCAUUGGAGUUUCUCGCCAGAGGUUCAGUUCCUGUGUUAUCCACGAGCAUUGAAGAGAGAACCACUUACCAUCAAAUUAACACAGGGACUGUUCUCUGGGGGUCACUCGCCUGACCAGGACGUGUGAGAAAGUGUCCUGUGGGGCCUGGAACUGUGUGACCAGAAGAGUUGUAAGGUUCAUAUGUUUCAUGUGAUGGCUUUAGGUGCUUAUUGGCAAAACCAGAGCUUCAUGCCCCUUAGCUUAUUUAUUGCAAAAUUUAGGACCUUGAUGGUUCUUUAUCAGGUUGAGUUGCCACCUUAAGAAUAAAAAAAUUAAACCCAAAAUAUUGUAUCCCCUUUCCUUUAUGUACAGGAAGACUUGGAUGAAAAACUUUAAAGUUUUAACUAAGUGAAAGUGAUUUUUCAGAGAAAAUGUCUGUGAGUGAAAAGGUUAGUGCAACUGGAAUUUUUUAUUUAUUUAUUCUCCAACACUGUGCCCUAUAGAAGUUCAUGAGUGCCUGACACUCUGAAAUUUAUUCUUUUUAAAGGUUGAAUGACAUGUGAUAUGAUAAUCAUAUUUAUAAGCUAAUAGAGUGGUGGCGGCGCUACAGAAAAUAAUAAAAAAAUAUAUAAAUAUAUAAACAAGCGAAAGAGGAUAUUAAACAAGAAUAACUAAACUGUACAGUGGCUUUUAGGCAUUUCUGUCACAACCAUUGCUCUUGCAUCAUGGCAGUUUAGGUUGUUUUACCCUACUUUUCGAUUUUUUUUUUUUUCAAUUUUCUUUUUUAACCACGAAAUCAAGAGCUCCCUGAAGACCCCAGAAUGCGAAAUAUUCCGACCAUGUCCUUUUUCGUCGCUGUGGAGGCACUCGUUUCAUUUUUUGCAUCACUUGGUAUUUUGGCCACUGACUUUUUAAACACGCUGACGAUUCAGGGUCUUCAGCACAGCUCUUACAUAAACCUGAUUUCAUGGACUCAUCAUGUUAUAUCCAGCCUGUGCACUUUGUCGUGUGUUUGAAUUAUAAAAGAUGAUGAAAAUAUAAAAAGGGAAGAUAUUUACAGUAUAUUACAAUGGCGGGAUUUGCGAAUGAUAACUACGAAAAUGAAUGAGAGAAAAAAUAAAUCUCGCCAGUGUUCACCUUCUCUGAUGAUAACAAGAUGGGAUUGAACCCUGUUUGACUUUGUCAAUGGAGUUAUAAUCGCCGAUGUCGUCCUUAUUAAAGGUCAUGUAGUUUAUUGCUUAUGCUUCUCGCUCCAUGUCCCGUUACCUCUAGUCAAAAAAAUUAUUUAAAAAAUGAUUAAAAAAAUACUAGAAGUCUAGGAAUUUAUGAACUCUGCUGACACCUAUAAAGUGACUUGUUUAGCUAUUUUGAGUCUUGUGUAGUUUUUUCAUUAUGGUUCAUUUUCACUAUGUUGAGUAUAGGAAAAUAAACCCUAUUGAGUCUCCUUUUUGAGAUCAUAAUUGCUGGCCUUGUCACUAAUAUUACGCAUAUGUAUGGGAUAUCCUGUGACAUUAAAAGUAGAAUAAAA